AUGGAUAAAGAUAGAGAUGGUAAUGUUAAGCUUCAGGAAUUAAUUGAUUUCCAUAAAGGCUUCAAUCCAAAUACAAAUGUUUAUGAAGAAGCAAAGAAGAUGAGAAAGAUGGAUGAAAAUAUGAAUGGAACAAUACAAUUUUAUGAAUAUUGCAAGUAUUAUGGUGAUGAAGUUAAAAAGAGCACUGAUGCCCAUGAUGGAAAAGGCAAAAGUCAAUGUUGCCUUCUUAUUUGA